GGGCGGGGCUUUAGGUGAUUUCCCAAGCCGCGGCUCAGGCGGUGCCGGGGAAACCGAAAGUGGGCGGCGGCCGCGUCGGGGACCCUGGCGGAGGCGGUGAAGGGAGCCGGUCCCAGAGGCUCGGGCGUGGGCCGAAGGCCCCCGGGACGAGGUGAAGAUGCUGGAGGCAGAUCUGGUUUCCAAGAUGCUAAGGGCUGUCCUGCAGUCUCAUAAGAAUGGGAUAGCAUUACCCCGGCUCCAAGGAGAAUACCGAUCUUUGACUGGAGACUGGAUCCCCUUCAAGCAGCUGGGUUACCCCACUCUAGAAGCCUACCUGAGAAGUGUACCAGCGGUUGUCAGGAUGGAGAAUAGUAGAUCUGGAGAGAUAAUCUGCUACGCUGUAGCCUGCACAGAGACUGCAAGGAUUGCCCAGCUUGUGGCUCGUCAGAGGACCUCUAAAAGGAAAACUGGGCGGCAAAUUAAUUGUCAGAUGAGAGUGAAGAAAACCAUGCCAUUCUUUCUAGAAGGGAAACCAAAGGCAACCCUCAGGCAACCAGGCUUUGCCUCAGACUAUUCUAUCAGCAAGAAACCUAAUCCAUCACCAUUAAGAGACAAAGGAAGCACCGUGGGAGUUAAGGUUGAUGUGGACAUGCCACCUUACCCAGACCUUCCAGUAAAGAGGCAUUUGAACAUGUCUGCCAACAGCAGGUUUAGUCCGAAGUCAUCCCUGCCAGCACCUCUGCAGACACCCCUCCCAAGGACCUGCGCUAAGGAAGUGAAUGAUAAUUUAAAUCAGACUGUUGAGAAACCAAAUGUCACGCCUCCUGCCUCUUACACUAAUAAGAUGGAUGAGGUUCAGAACCGCAUAAAGGAAAUAUUAGACAAGCAUAACAAUGGCAUUUGGAUAUCUAAGCUUCCACAUUUUUACAAAGAGUUUUAUAAAGAAGACCUUAACCAAGGAGUUUUACAGCAGUUUGAACACUGGCCUCACAUUUGCACGGUAGAAAAACCUUGUGGUGGUGGUCAAGAUUUACUUCUUUAUCCUGCCAAGAGAGAGCAGCCCUUGAGAAGUGAACAGGACCCUGAGAAGGAGCUCCCGGCCCCACUACCUGCUCCCAAGCAGGAGGUGCCAUCGAAAGAGAGCCCAACAGUGAUGCUAGAUGUGAAGCAGAAAGUGGCAGAGCUGCUGGUGAAAUACUCAAGUGGCCUUUGGGCGAGCGCACUCCCCAAAGCAUAUGAGGACACAUACAAACUCAAGUUCCCUGAAGAUGCCUUAAAGAAUCUCGCCUCGCUCUCUGAUGUGUGCACCAUAAACUACAUUUCCGGGAAUGCCCAGAAGGCAAUUCUCUAUGCGAAACUCCCAUUGCCCACUGACAAGAGCUUAAAGGAUGAAGGGCAGGCUCAAGGAGAUUUUGAUAUCAAGGCAAUGAUCGAAAAAGAGUUUUUGCAGAUAGAAAAAAACAUGACUGAAAGUGCUGAUGGCUUUGUGGAGGACAUAACCGUGCCACCUCUGGUGAUCCCUACCGAGGCCUCCCCUUCUGUGUUGGUGGUUGAGUUAAGCAACACAAAUGAUGUGGUUAUCAGGUAUGUAGGCAAAGACUACUCGGCUGCUCAGGAACUGAUGGAGGAUGAGAUGAAGGAGUAUUACAGUAAGAACCCCAAAGUCACACCAGUCCAGACCGUGCAUGUGGGGCAGCUGCUGGCAGUCAAUGCAGAGGAGGAUGCCUGGUUACGGGCACAGAUCAUUUCCACGGAUGAGAACAAGAUAAAGGUGUGCUAUGUUGACUAUGGCUUUUGUGAAAGCAUUGAGAAGAGUAAAGCAUACAGACUGAACCCACGCUUCUGCUCUCUGUCCUUCCAAGCUACGAAGUGCAAACUAGCAGGGUUGGAGGUUCUGAAUGAUGACCCUGACCUCGUGAAGGUGGUCGAAUCAUUAACAUGUGGGAAGAUCUUCGCUGUGGAGAUACUCGACAAGUCAGACAUCCCCCUGGUGGUUCUGUAUGACACCUCAGGAGAAGAUGAUAUCAAUAUCAAUGCCACCUGCCUGAAGGCCAUCUGUGACAAAUCUCUAGAAGUUCAUCUCCAGGUGGAUGCCAUGUACACAAAUGUCAAAGUGACUAACAUUUGCUCCGACGGAACACUCUACUGCCAGGUGCCAUGCAAGGGUCUGAACAAACUCAAUGACCUUCUGCAUAAGAUGGAGGACUACUUCCACUGCAAGCACAUGACCUCUGAGUACUUCAUCUCACUGCCCUUCUGUGGGAAGAUCUGCCUCUUUCAUUGCAAAGGAAAAUGGCUACGAGUGGAGAUCACAAACGUGCACAGCAGCCGGGCACUCGACGUUCAGUUUCUGGACUCUGGCAAUGCGACAUCCGUGAAAGUAUCGGAGCUCAGAGAAAUCCCCCCUCGGUUCCUGCAGGAAAUGCUUGCCAUACCCCCUCAGGCUAUAAAGUGCUGCCUGGCCGAUCUUCCGCAGUCCAUUGGCAUGUGGACCCCAGAUGCUGUUCUUUGGUUAAGAGAUUCUGUUUUGAAUUGCUCGGACUGCAGCAUUAAGGUUACAAAAGUGGAUGAAACCAAGGGGGUCGCAUAUGUGUACUUAUUUACUCCUAAGAACUUCCCCGAUCCUCACCGCAGCAUUAACCGGCAGAUCACAAACGCAGACCUGUGGAAGCAUCAGAAAGAUGUGUUUCUGAGUGCCGUGUCUGGUGCGGUUAGCUCGCCUGGCAGCAGGAACGGCAACACACCUGCACCGGGCAGCCCUGGAGAGGGUCUCAGAAAGAGCCACCCAGAGGUCAUCAGGAAGCCUCUGCUGGACCACACCAGCUCGUUCUCCUUGGAGGAACUGCCCCCUCCAGUCCACUUGUCAAAGUCAGGGGAACACAUGGAUGUGUAUGUGCCCGUGGCCUGUCACCCAGGCCAUUUUGUCAUCCAGCCUUGGCAGGAGAUCCAUAAGCUGGAAGUGUUGAUGGAAGAGAUGAUCCUCUACUACAGCGUGUCUGAGGAGCGCCACAUAGCGGUGGAGAGAGACCAAGUGUAUGCUGCCAAAGUGGAGAAUAAGUGGUACCGGGUGCUAUUAAAAGGAAUCCUGACCAAUGGGCUGGUGUCUGUGUAUGAGCUGGACUACGGCAAGCAUGAGCUAGUCAACAUAAGGAAAGUGCAGCCCCUAGUGGAUGUGUUCCGGAAGCUGCCAUUCCAGGCGGUCACCGCUCAGCUUGCAGGAGUGAAGUGCAGCCAGUGGUCGGAGGAGGCUUCGAUGGUGUUCCGAAAUCAUGUGGAGAAGAAACCCCUGGUGGCAUUGGUACAGACAGUUAUUGAACACACUAACCCUUGGGACCGGAAAGUAGUGGUCUAUCUAGUAGACACAUCGCUGCCAGACACUGACACCUGGAUUCAUGACUUUAUGUCACAGUAUCUGGUGGAGCUGUCAAAAGUUAAUUAAUCACUGCUUGAGACCCCAACAGCUAAUGCAGAUUGUUCUCUAAGCAAUAACAAAUGUGUAGUAGGCUCUCAGAACAUCUUAUUUUUACUACAUGGCUCUGACUGUUGUGGAGGAUUGAAAAGUAUAUGCUUUGUUUGAUGAAAGAUAUUUAACAAGUUUUGUUUAACACAGUUAACUUUUCAAAGAAAAUUGCACUUGAAUUAUUAAUAUAAUAUUAGAAUAAAAUGUUUAGCAAUGUAAAACCUGAUGUCUUAGUUUGCUUUCUAGUGCUGUGAUAACCACCAUGGCUAAAAGAAACUUAGGGAGAAAGAGUUUGCUUGACUUACAGAUUACUGUCCAUCAUCAGGGGAAGCCCAGGAAAGGACUCAAGCAGGAGCUAAAGCAGAGGCCAUGGAGAAGCACUGCGUCCUGGCUUGUCCCCAUUGCUUCCUUAGUCUGUAUUUUUAUCCCAGGACCACAGACCCAGGGAUGUCCCUGCCCACAGUGAACUUCGCUCUCCUACAUCAGUCCUUAAUCAAGAAGAUGCUCUAUAGACUUGCCUAGAGGCCAGUCUGAUGGAGACAUUUUCUCCAUUGUGGCACCUACUUUCAGAUGGCGUUGUGUCAAAUUGGCACACUAACCAGCACAGCUGACUGACUACCUUGCAGUCGCUAAGUAUUCUGAUUCUAAGGUGAAAGCAUCCAUUGCCAUUGAUGUCUGCAUUGGAGUGUUGGGGUCUUCAUCAGGAAAUCGAGAAUAUAAUGAAUAUAAUAUAGUGACUCUGCUCCACCCUGGUGUUGUGAUGGAUCCUAAAGCAGAUUGCCCUAAAUGUCUGUACAUCAGUGCUGAUACAGGAACAGCCAAGCACAACAGUCUACACGUUGCCAAAUUGUAAAAAAAAAUAGACUUUCAUGUGUGUGCACAUGCACACAUGUCACAGCACACAUGGAAUCAGGACAACUUGGGAGUGGGUUCUUGUUCCUCCCGUGGUGUUCAGGAAUUGAAAUCAGCUCAUCAGUUUGGCAAUACAUGCCUUUACCUGAUUAGCAAUCUCAGGCUCUCUCUGAUCUCCCUCCCCAGCCCUGCCUUCUGCACCUGUGUCCAGCCACAUGGACCUUUAUUGGGAGCCUGGGCCCCACUUUUACCUCCAUCCAAGACUACUGACAUUUCAAACGAGACUCAUUUCCUUCUAAACUCUCAGCCUGCAGUUUGGCUCAUUCUGCCCUAGCAGUUUCCACACUGGUGCCCCUCUGGCCUCCCAGGCCGGCUGUGAAACCUUCCCCGGUGCCUCCCCUUCUACUUCUCUGUACUUUGUUCUUGGGUUUUGUUUGGUUUUGUCUCAAAAAAAAGUUCUUGCUAUGUAGUCCAGGCUAGCUUCAAACUUGAGGUCCUUCUGCUUCCGAAGCACUGGGACUGUACCAGGACUAGCUCUCCAGUGUAGUUGGAGCAUACCUCUCCUGAUGCUCUAGUCUCACUGUAUCUGACAGUGAACAGACGUCAGUUUGUCUGUCUGUCAUAUCAGAGACAGACCCUAGUCAUUCUUUUACCCAGUAGCACACCAUGGGUAGUAAACAGCCAUCUCUCAUGGGUGGGCGAGCCUUGAAUUGUACUGCCUGACAAUAUGUCUGCAGUCCACAUCCCAUCUUGGCUGAUGGCUGGCUAACCACAUGAAGUCACUGCCUGUACCAUUUCAGCUUUGUAAGUGUCACGUGAUCACUUCCUGCAUCACCUGCAUAGACAAAUGACGCUGUGCAGGUCAGCACAUGCUGGCUAAUUUGUGGACAGACAAAUGGGCAGAUGGAUGGAUGGUAAGCUUUAGCUGUGGGUACGAAGAGGUGGAGAAGCCCCAGACAAAAGGCAAAAAAAAAAAAAAAGAUAAAGAAACACACUGAAGACAUCCUGACA